ACAGAUAGCAUGGUGUGUGAAUGAUAAGGAAUGUCUUAUUCUGCACGGUCUCGUGUCUAUAUUGCACAGUGACGGAAGCGCGCACCGGGUGUACAGUCCUGGAUCAGCACAGUCCAAGAACCGCCAGAGAAAGUUAUUUGGACGUGGUUGAUCAUGGCAGAAGAUCUGACGACUCCUUGCUCUCAGACUCUGAAGUUGCUGAUGCACCGGGUGUGUGUCUAACCAGCCAAACGGUGGCCAUACUCGGCUCCGGAGACUAUUCCCGCUCGCUGGCUCGGCGGCUGCUAGCUUGUGGUGUUCGCGUGGUGGUCGGGAGUCGGUGUGUGAACCGCAUCCCAUCAGGACUGUUUCCUGAUGCAGUGGAGUUGAGGAACCAGGAGGGGGCAGCAUCACAAGCAGUGUGUGUGGUGUUUAUGGCCUUGUUCCCUGAGCAUUACCGCUCCCUGCUGGGACUACAGUCUGCACUUGCAGGGAAAGUGCUUGUGGAUGUUAGUAACGCAGCAGAGAUGAAAAUCCAUGGGCCUUCCAAUGCGGAGCGACUAGCUGAACUGUUUCCAGACAGUCUGGUGGUCAAAGGAUUUAACACAGUUUCAGCCUGGGAGUUGCAGACUGGACCUCAUGAUGGAAGCAGACAGGUCCUGAUCUGCAGUAACAGUACUGAGGGGAAGAGGAAAGUUGUGGAGUUGGUUCGGAAGAUGGGCUUCCACCCGCUGGAUGUGGGCGGCUUGUCUGCUGCUCGAGAAAUUGAGGUUGCAUCAUUGCGCCUGUUCCCAUCUUGGAGCGGCGCGAUCAUUGUCACCUUCCUCCUCUUCUUCUUCUUCUACGGCUAUGGCUUUCUGCGGGGAAUUCUGCUGCCAUUUCUUGCACAAGGACACAAUGCUUUCUACCGUCUCGCCCUCAGUCUGGUGAAUGAGAGCCUGCCAGCAGUGGCCCUGGUGACCCUGGCACUUGUAUACUUACCAGGCUUGUUUGCUGCGUGGUUGCAGCUCUGGAGGGGCACCAAAUACCAGCGUUUCCCAUCAUGGUUGGACUACUGGUUGCAGCGGAGGAAACAAUUGGGCCUGUUGAGCUUUCUGUGUGCAGCGUUGCAUGGUGUCUACAGCCUUUGCCAGCCGCUGCGCAGAAUCACACUGCACAGGCUCGUCAAUACUGCCUACAGACAGGUGAAAGCAGGCGUAGAGGAGCCCUGGGAUGAGCUGGGAGUUUGGCGAUCUGAACUGUACCUCUCUUGUGGAGUGUUGGGCCUGGGCGUCCUCUCUUUACUGGCCAUCACUUCCCUUCCCUCAGUGGGAAACACCCUCAACUGGAGAGAGUUUACCUUUGUACAGUCAGGUUUGGGCUACAUAGCUCUGACUCUGUCCAUCAUGCACACGCUCUUCUUUGGUUGGGAUCUCGUCUUCCACAUCGAGGCGUACCCGUUCUACAUGCCACCCAGUUCUGUGUUGGCCGUGGCUCUGCCCUGCGUCGUCCUGCUGUGCCGAGCCGUUCUGCUGCUGCCAUGCAUCUCCACCAGACUGGCACGGAUCCGCCGCGGAUGGGAGAGCAAACGCAACUGUCCAGUCUUACAGACUCAUGUGGCGGAUGAUGGAAUAGCAUAGGAAGUCUAAGAAGAAGUACUAGGAGGAAUAUAAGGAGGACUUUUAUUAUAGGAUGAAGUGAGACACGGAUAUACAGUUGCAGUGGCCGACAGUUUAAACAUGCAGGUUAAAUAAGUCUAAGGGCAGAAUAUAAAGUGGAACAUGUUUAUGAAGUAUUUUAAGGCUGGUCAAAAUCUCUGACUAGUUUGAGUCAGCCUUACCUGAAAGGGAUAUCGUGCCGAGGUAUUCUGGCCUUAAAUAACUCCUGACCCAACUUUUCCAAAUCACGGAGUGGACUUCAUAUGUGCCUUAUAUUAUUACCAAAUCCCAAUACUUCAGUUGUUCUUCCUCUGGGCCAGUUACUGCGUAAACUCCGUCUGUAACAGGGAGGCCUACAUUAUACAGAGUAAUAAUAAUGACAGAAAUUGCUUUGCAUUUAAUGCAAGUAAACUGUUGUAAACAAAGCUUGUAAUUAAAUGUAAAGAAACAAGUAUUUUAAUGUCUGUUUAUAAAUGCACAAAAAAAAUUGUAUGGACUGCAUAUUUUGCUCUGAUAAACUUACAUUUUUCAUUUCACUUUU